AAUUUUAACGUAUAUGGCAAAAAUAAUCCGAUUCCAGGCAAAUUUUUUGCCUCUGAAGUGUCUUGAUGCUAAAAAUAACAAGGGGAUUUACCCCCUGAGUUGCGUCAUAUCAGCUUGGUAACCAGCCACGUCGCCUGACAUAACAUGCUGGAAGGCAGGGAGUAAACUUCAAGUGUUGCGCGUUUUUUGGUUAAAAAAAAAAAUUCAUGUCGCAAAGUGGAAUUUCAAGCCUGUUUUACUACCAUGGUAAGCAGUGCUCUCAUCAUCCUGUUGAAGUUUUGUUAGUCUGCAUCACUGGAACUGUUUGUUUGUUAAGUUUGAAUAUAUACGAUGCAACACAUUCUUCGGAAGACCUAGUCGAAAGUUCCGGCCAGAAGAUAUCUUUACCAGCUGGCUUACAUGUUGGCCCGACGAGUUAUUUCUUUGCUCUUGUGUGCAUUUAUCUUCAAUGUAAAAAGCUUAUUCAUCAAGGGUCUUCAUAUAUUUUAGGAUUUGUAUCCGUGUUUGCAGUCUUUUCCUGUCUAGUGUUUGGUUCUAUAGUGGCUAAUUUAUAUGGUAGAGAUUUUUGGGUUGUAAGGGAGGCUCUACCAUAUUUCUUUCUUCUAAGUGACUUCAAUACAGCCAGUUCCUUAGUGAAGCACACUCUUCAAUCUUCAACUUAUGAUGCUGUUCCUGGCAGGAUUGCAGAAAGUAUUUGCUACCUGGGUCCAACUGUAACCCUCAAUACACUUGUUGGUACUUUGGUGAUUGGUAUAGGAACCCUUUCAGGGGUCACUGAGCUGGAGACCAUUUGUCAAUUUGGAUGUUUAUCACUGAUCACUCAUUACAUGUUAUUUAUGACCUUUUUUCCUGCCUGUCUGUCAUUGUUUCUUGAGUUAUGCACAGGAAGAGGAAAUAGCAAACCAAGAUGGCAGUUGGAAUCUUCGGAUACCUCAGAAGAGGAACUUGAGCCAAACCCUGUGGUGCAGCAGGUUAAACUUAUAAUGUCUACAGGAUUAAUGUUUGUUCAUCUGCACCGAUGGGUUAUGACUAGAAGUGGUGAUAACAGUGGAAAUUCCUUUAGGACUACUCCACUUGAAGAAGACUGGUUUAAAAGGUUCUUAGCUGGAAAUACUGAACAGAUUGUUGCUUUAGUUUUUGGAAUUGGCUUGGUAGUAAGAUUUUUUAUGUAUAGUGGGGACAGAAUGCAUGAGCAUGUGGAGCAAACUCACAUGGAACCUCAGGAAUCCUUCAUCACUCACACAGACAUAGAUAGGAGUGAACAAGAAUCAGUUAAAUCAAGUGAAGAAAGCAUAGCUUCUGAAAAGACUGCUGAAACAAGAUCUGAGCCUGUAUGCUUGCCCAGAAAAGAGGCUGUAGAGGAGGAAAAUCAAGAACAAUCUCAGGAUCUUAGUUCUAGAACAAAAUUAGAGGUCCGUGAUAGAAGGAGAACAGUUAGUGAAGGUCAUUGUAGUGAGUGCCACUCAAGUGAUGAUGCUAAGUGUUCCCCAGUGCUUGUCAGGUUGGACAGUAGUCCUCCAAGAGUGGAAUACAGAGCACGUACUCUGGAGGAAUGCAAGCUGAUGCUGAAACAACCGGAUGGAGUGUUAGACUUGACUGACAAAGAAAUCCAGAUGUUGGUAGAGAGUAAAACCAUUCCUGGUCAUCAGCUUGAAAAGGUUCUGAAAGAUCCAGCACGGGCAGUGAGAAUCAGGCGCAGUGUGGUGUCAAAGAAACUCCUAUCUGCUACCGAUUUGUCUGAUCUUCCCUGUGACCAUUACAACUACUCUGAUGUAGUUGGAGCUUGUUGUGAAAAUGUCAUUGGUUACAUGCCUGUUCCUGUAGGUGUUGCUGGCCCUCUUUUGCUAGAUGGAGAGAAUUAUCAUGUACCCAUGGCAACUACAGAAGGGUGUCUGGUAGCAAGCACUAAUCGUGGUUGUCGAGCUCUCAUGCUGAGUGGUGGUGUUCGCAGUUCAGUGUUUGGAGAUGGUAUGACCAGGGGUCCUGCAGUAAGAUUUCCUUCUGCAUUCCUUGCCAGUAAUGCAAAGCAGUGGUUGGAGGAGGAGAAAAAUUUUAUGGAAAUCAAGAAAGAGUUUGACAGCACAAGCAGGUUUGCCAGAUUGCAGUCAGUGAAAGGAAUAAUUGCAGGGCGCUUGUUAUUCAUUAGAUUUGUUGCAUCAACUGGAGAUGCAAUGGGGAUGAACAUGGUAUCAAAGGGAACAGAAAAAGCCCUCUCUUGCUUACAACGACACUUUCCUACUCUCGAAGUGUUGAGCUUGAGUGGAAAUGUUUGUACAGAUAAAAAAGCCACAGCUAUUAACUGGAUUGAAGGCAGAGGGAAGUCUGUUGUUUGUGAGGCUAUAAUCCCAGGGCAUAUUGUACAGAAGGUUUUGAAAACAACAGUCUCCACACUCUCGGAACUGAACAUCAAUAAAAAUCUGGUUGGUUCUGCUAUGGCUGGGGCCAUUGGAGGAUUUAAUGCUCAUGCAGCUAACAUAGUAACAGCAAUAUUUAUAGCUACAGGCCAGGAUCCUGCACAGUGUGUUUCAAGCAGCAACUGUAUCACUCUGUUUGAGCCAUGUGGAGCAACCAAAGAAGACCUUUAUAUUAGCUGUACAAUGCCAUCACUUGAGGUUGGUACAGUAGGAGGAGGUACUGUGUUGGGCCCUCAGUCUGCUUGUCUCAAGAUGCUUGGUGUCCGUGGGCCAAACAAAUCAGAGCCAGGGAAAAAUUCAACAAAAUUAGCACAAAUUAUAUGUGGCACUGUUCUUGCUGGAGAGUUAUCAUUGCUAUCAGCUCUUGCUACUGGUGAUCUGGUUAGAAGUCACUUAGCUCUAAACAGAUCAACAGUUAACCUUCUUGUAGAUGGAGUGGAUGGGAGCAAGAAUUGUGCAGUGUUGUAAGAAGAUGACUUCAAAUAUCACAAAACAACGGUGUUUCAUGUGAAACAUAACAUCAUCAAGCACACAUCACUGUGUGCCAACAGUUUUCGUGUAACAUUGAUAUAAGUCGCCAGUCUGUGGUCUGAAACUUCUUUCACCAUCAAAUGCACAUUCAGUUACAGAGGUCUACCUCUUUCAAUGGAAAAUCAUCACUCUCAACACAGGUCAGAUUAUGGAUCCAGAUGUUGUUUGGACAAAUUUUUACUGCAACCAAACCAACCACAGUUCAUAGCUCUCUGAGAGCUAUGAACUGUGGUUGAGAAAAUAGGAAGCAAGCCAAAAAAUAGG